GUUGUAAAGGAUGGAGAAAAAGCAGCAGAAACAUCCGUUCUUCAAAAAAGUGAGAAAUUAUUUCAAAGAGUACUGCAACAACACCAGCAUUCAUGGAUUUAAGUAUUUCGGUGAGAACAGAUCUUAUUUUGAAAGAGGCUGGUGGUUCGUAGUCUUCGUAUUAUCUCUAACGGCUUGCUUUUUCGCUAUAAGUAUGGUCUACCAAAAGUGGAUAAAAAGCCCCGUAAUAGUAACUUUCGCUACAAUGGAAACUCCAGUAUACACCAUACCAUUUCCGGCCGUAACCAUUUGCCCAGAAUCCAAAUCUAUGCAACCUGUAUACAGUCACGAAGAGAUACUCAAAUCGUUCAUCAACAACGAGACUCUAACUGAAGACGAAUUAAGAAAUUUGAAAUAUAUGGGUCUUAUAUGCGAUAGAGAUCGAGAUAUACAAUAUCCAGAUAAUGAAUUUGUCACUGAUGAGAUAUAUGAUGUAUUUAACAAUCUCAGCGCAGGACAACCGUUCUAUGAAUGCAAUUUCAUGGGUCAGGAUUUGGAUUGCAACAAAGUAUUCGUACCAAUUUUUACUGACGAAGGUGUCUGUUAUACUUUUAAUUCAGCCAACAGAUCGGAUAUUUUCAGAGAUAAUGUUUAUCAACAUUAUGAUUUUCUCAAUGCCGAAAGAAAUAUAAGCGACAAUUGGAAUAUUGAAGAGGGAUAUUCCAAAUCUGCCGGAUUGGAAACGUAUCCUAGACGGGCUUUACUUGCUGGCGUCAAUAACGCUCUUACCGUUACAUUGAUAUCCACGUUCUUAGAUGAGGAUCAGACGUGUAAAGGUGGAAUUCAUGGAUAUAAGGUCUCCAUUCAUCUUCCGACAAGACUUCCUCGUUCAAGUCAGGAAUACUUUAGGGUUCCCAACAAUGAAAUUGUCAUAGCAGGCAUCAAUCCCAACAUGAUUAAGACGUCCAGCCGUCUGAGAAACUACGACGUCAAGAAAAGAAACUGCUAUUUUUCCUACGAAAAACAUCUGAAAUUUUUCAAGAUAUACACACCUAAAACCUGCAAACUGGAAUGCCAGACCAACUUCACUUUGUACUACUGCGGUUGCGUGGCAUUUUUUAUGCCCAGAGAGAACUCCACAAACAUCUGCGGCCUGGGAAACUACGAGUGCAUGAAUUACGCCGAAACGCAAUUUCAAUUGUUCAGUUUGCGACAUCUGAAUACGUCUCAAAAUAAUUCGUACAUUACCCAAAAAACGUGGCCCAACGAGCGUAAAUUCUUUCCGGGUGAUUUACCUAUCUGCGACUGCUUGCCUAUGUGUUCCGAUUUGACUUAUUUGGUCGAAACGUCACAAAGCAAAUGGGACUGGUUUAAUGCUGAAAGCAAACAUUACAAGAACAACAGCAUACCGAUCAAUAGAGACAUGAUAAAGUUUUCUACAUUGAUCAUCUUUUUCAAGUCGUCGGAGUUCAUAUUCUCGGAAAGGAACGAACUGUACGGUCCUUUGGACUUUUUGGCGAAUUUCGGAGGACUACUUGGUCUCUUCACUGGCUUUUCGCUUCUGUCAUUGAUGGAGGCCUUUUAUUUUCUUACGCUUAGAAUGUUUUGUAACGCUAGAAUGUACGGAAAUUGGUCUGGUAAAAACAAUUAUGUUAAUUAAUUAUUUAUAUUUAUAUAUUAUACCUAUUUAGUACAAAAUAAAAUAAGCAGAGUAUGUA